AUGUCUGCAACGGAGCGGGCGGCAAGCUUACAAGAAAGCACCGACGUGUGCACGGGUGAACGCUCUUCAAGCGCAGAGCCAACUGACAGAGAAGACUUAGACGAAGAGAAGGUAGAAGACAAUGUUGAUGGCAUGUUCGCUCCCAUCACUGCCCGAACCUCCUCUUAUGAAGAACGGCUGCGCAGACACCAGUCUGCUUCAUCACAUCCCCUCGAACGCAAUUGGAGCUUAAACGACGGGUACAGCCAUCAAACUGCCGAUGAAGAAGCUGUUGCGGAGAGGGUCCUGAGCAGCAAAGAUGAAGAAGCUUCUGAUGCUUCAGAAAGCUUCGUUGUCGGUUGGGACGACAAUGACCCCAGCAACCCGCGCAAUUUUAACACGGUGAGACGCUGGCUUAUCGUGAUCAUAUGCUCAGCAGGCUCCUUAUGCGUGACUUGCACUUCUUCAAUGUACACUGUCACCUAUGACCAGAUAAUGGUGGAGUUCGACUGCUCGCGGGAGAUAGCAACCUUGGGUCUAUCAUUCUUUAUUUGGGGUCUUGCUGUCGGGCCACUGUUCUUAGGGCCACUGUCGGAGUUCUAUGGCCGAAGACGAAUCUAUCUUUGCUCCUUUACCUUUUUCUUGAUAUGGCUGAUACCAUGCGCCGUGGCCAAAAACAUCCAGACCAUGAUUGUAUGCCGCUUUCUCAAUGGCAUUGCUGGGAGCGCAUUUCUUAGUGUCGCUGGUGGCACAGUGGGUGACCUAUUUGCCCGUCAUGAGCUAAGUGCACCAAUGAUGCUUUACACGAGUUCUCCAUUUAUUGGUCCUGAGGUGGGCCCAUUGGUUGGCGGGUUCAUCAAUCAGUUCACCACAUGGAGGUGGACUUUUUAUGUGCUUCUCAUCUGGACGGGAGUCUUAUUAGUUCUCAUCUGCUUCUUUGUACCAGAGACUUAUCAUCCAGUGCUUUUGAGACGAAAGGCACAGCAGCUCCGCAAAGAAACCGGGGAUGAUAGAUGGAUAGCACCUAUAGAGAUGCUGAAUCGCUCAGUUGCGCAGACCGUCUUGCGGUCAAUCUACAGGCCGUUGCUGCUUUUGACGCUAGAACCGAUGUGCCUCAACCUCUGCAUCUUCUCCGCCAUCCUGUUGGGUAUACUCUAUCUUUUCUUCGGUGCGUUUCAGUUGGUCUUCGAAACUGUAUAUGGGUUUGAGCUGUGGCAGCGUGGUCUUUGCUUCCUGGGCCUGUUCGUCGGAAUGCUCUUUGCUAUAUUCUCCGAUCCGUUCUGGCGUCGCAACUAUACCCGCCUGGAACUGAAACAUCAAGAAGCUGUGGGAAGGUCUGAUGAUUUCCAACCGGAGUGGCGGCUUCCGCCAGCUAUCGCUGGAGGUCCACUUGUCACCAUCGGGCUAUUCAUCUUUGCUUGGACCAUUUACCCUCAUGUACACUGGAUUGCCCCACUCAUUGGAAGUGCGUUAUUUGGAGCUGGGACGAUUCUUGUAUACUCGGGGAUCUUCACAUUCUUGGUUGAUGCAUAUCCGACCUAUGCAGCAAGCGCUUUAGCGGCGAACAGCUUUGCUCGCUCCAUAUUUGGUGGAGUGUUUCCACUGUUCGGAAUACAGAGUAAGUUAACAACUUGUGAUAUAUGGCUUUCGUCGUGUUACUGCCACUGA